AUGGAUUCUAUGAUUCAGAUUAUAAUUGAAAAAUUUUUAGUUUCUUCUGAUCCUUUGGGUACUAUUGAUAUUGUGGAACAUGAAAACAAAUUAACUUCUGAUACUACUAUAAAUUCAAAACCUUAUCAAAUUGCUAUUUCAUUAAUGAAAAGGUUUAAGUCAAAAAUUAAUGAGUUGUUAGAGAAAAGUAUCAUGAAAAAGAGUAGUUCAACUAUAAUUUCUCCUUGUUUUCUUAUUAUGAAGAAAAAUGGAGAUCUUAGGUUGGUAAUUGAUUAUAGAAAAUUAAAUUCUGCUACACAAAAAUCUUUUUAUCCAAUUCCACGUUUGUCUGAUCAAAUCUAUUUUUUAAAAGGGUGUAAAAUCUUUUAA